UCAUCACUUCAUUGUUUUCUGUGCUCUUUCGUAAUCAAAUCCACCAUUGUUGACCAAAACAAAUCUGUGUUCUCUGUUUUUAUUUUGAUACAAAUCUAUUAGCGGGCGAGACUAUUCCAAACCCUAGAUCUAACCCUAGCCGUCAGAUUAGAUCAAAUGGGGAGAUCUCUUCUGAACCGUUGGAAUCUUAGGAGACAGCAAUGGUGGAGGUAGAAGAGUCGCAUUUGUGAAAGAUUAUUCUCUCAACUCGAUGGCCAACAAUUCGAAUUUCCUCUAAGCUAUUUUCUUGUGAUCUCCGUGGUGAUGUGUGAUUUGGUCGCGCGUACGGGUCGGCUCCAGCAACGGUACGCUGAUGGCUCGCGUCUCGUAGCCGGGUGUAUUCCGUUUAGGUAUCUAGAUUCUGAAUCUGGGAAAGUGGUUCAAGUGUUGAUGAUCAACUCAUCUAGUGGACCUGGACUUUUGUUUCCCAAGGGAGGGUGGGAGAAUGAUGAGACAGUCAGGGAAGCUGCUGUAAGGGAAGCAGUGGAAGAAGCAGGAGUCCGUGGGAUUUUAAUGGAUUUCUUGGGAGAUUAUGAGUUCAAAAGCAAAACACACCAAGAUGAGUUUAGCCCAGAAGGUUUAUGUAAAGCGGCAAUGUACGCCUUGUAUGUGAAGGAAGAGCUGGAGACGUGGCCGGAACAGAAGACUAGAACAAGGACAUGGCUGACGAUCGAAGAAGCUGUAGAGAGUUGCAGGCACGCUUGGAUGAAGGAUGCGUUGGUUGAAGGGUUCUGUAAAUGGCAUAAGGAGAAUAUGGGGGAAGGAGAGGGGAUAGCAGAUGGAGAUUGAAGUUUAUAAGUGUUCAUAAAAACUCUGAAGUUGGUUUCAUUCCUUUCGAUUUUGUUUUUUACUUUUUUUUUCUUAGUUUAUAUGCAUGGAGAAGGGUGUGACUGCGAAACAUAGGAGUUUCAAAGUUUUAAAAGUUAACAGUUAUUUUCAUGUUCCAUAAUAGUUGUCUUCAUCAAUUUCAUUAAGAAAACAAAGACAGCUCAUGACAAUUGUGUUUAGUAUCAUUCAUAAUGAAGGAGUUGUUUGCUGUUGGUUGA